AUGAUGGAUAUCAGCGGUAUCUUAGCCUGGAUCCCCGUUGGAAUAUGCUUCACUAAAUAUGGAUACUCGAUAGCGACCAUCACGGGCGGGUCGAUGGAGCCUACCUUCAAUCCUGGACACACGAGAGGCUCCUCGGAUAAGGACACUGUUCUACUAGAGAAAUGGAGCGUCGUCCUCAGGCGGUUUCGCAGAGGUCAAGUCGUGACGUUAUGGUCCCCGAACGAUCCAUAUCUGCUUACUGCCAAACGUAUCAUAGCCCUUCAGGGAGAUGUGGUGCAGCCAGCCGAUGGAUCGUCAGACCCUAUCCGUAUACCCCGAGGACACUGUUGGGUGGAAGGUGAUUCAAAUGAGAAGACCCGAGAUUCCAAUGUGUAUGGUCCAAUACCUCUGGCUCUGAUCAACGCUCGCGUGUCUCAUAUAGUCUGGCCCAUGAGACGUAUUCGAGCAGUCGUGAAUAGUCAUGGCAAAGCGGAAGAUAGGGUUCUUAUCAAUGAGGGGAAAUGA